CAUUCAUAUUGGGGAGCCGAAAUGAGGCGGGUGGAGAGCGACACGUCACUGCAGACGCUCUGCUUCACACGAUGAUCAUCCUCAAACCAUCGUCGGCGACAUACAUUGUCCGCGAUCCGGAUUGCAGUCACCCUCAUGGAUGUAUACUUGUCGGAGUAGGUAGGUGCCAAAAUCUUCUUUCAUUGCUUCAGCAUUUGCGUUAUUCUCUCGUGCGCACAACGGAGAAAGAGCAGCUAGACGGAGGCGGCCAAGUAGAAGAGCCAAGAAACUGAUGGCGGGAGCCGAGAGCGCGCGGCCGGCGCCUCCGGUGCUGCCGUGGACGGUGCGGCUCCAGGUGCUCGCGCUCGGGGCCUUCUGCGACCUCUCGCAGCGCCGCGACGGCACCGUGAACCGCUUCCUCUUCUCCCUCGCCGACCGCCUGACCCCGGCGAGGCCGCGCCCGAACGCGCUCGGCGUCCGCUCUGCCGACGUCGUCGUCGACGCCCACAGAAACCUCUGGGCGCGCGUCUUCUCCACGUCCGCGGGUAAACCCGAGGCGGCGCCGCUCCCGGUCGUCGUGUACUGUCACGGUGGCGGCUUCGCGCUGCUCUCCGCUGCGUCCGCGCCCCUGGACGCGAUGUGCCGCCGCUUCUGCCGCGAGCUGGGCGCCGUGGUCGUCUCCGUCAACUACCGCCUGGCGCCCGAGCACCGCUACCCCGCUGCCUACGAUGACUGCGCGGACGUGCUCAGCUACCUUGGCACCGCUGGCCUCCCUGCCGACAUCGGAACAUUUUCUCCUUUUCUCCUUUUCUCCUUUUAUUCUCUUUUCGCCUUUUAUUCUCUUUAGUUCGCGGAACAUUUUAUUUUCUUGUUCUUUUUCGUAAAUGAUCAAUUUUUUUAAAAAAAUUGAUGAACUUUUAAAAUUCAAUGAA